AUGCGAUAACCUAAAAAACCAAAACUUGCGAAUAUUAAGCCAAGAGAAACAAGAUGUGAGAAUGCUUCAAGGCGGUUCAAGGAUUUCGAUCAAUUUGGCUAGGUUGUUUAACUGACAUUUAAGGGUGAAGAAACUUUUAAAACAACGUUAGGAUCUAUAAUAUCAAUGAUGAUUAUUCUGAUUAUUGUAAGCUUUGGUUUUUUCAAAGGACAAAAUCUAAUCAACAGAGUUAACAUGGAUGUGACCAAGAUUAACCUAAUGAGAGAUAUGUCAAAUGGAUUUCACUUUAAGCCUUGGGAAUUAGGCUUUGAUUUCGCCUUUGGACUUAACCAUAAUAUUGAUCCUAGUAUAGCUUAUUUCACUGUUAGAUAAAUUAAUCUGGAAUUCCGAGGCUAAUAUGAUUAGGACGGAUCAAAGAUUAAAGUGGAAAAGUUUAGAGAGAUCUCGUUUGAUAAAUGCUCUACUAAGUAUUUUAACUAUCAAAAUGUUACAGAAAUUGUCUAUAAUGGUAUAACUGACCUUUAUUGCAUAACUGAGAAGGAUUACUAAUUUAAAGGAGACAUAUACUCCAAUGAUUUUGACUAUCUCGAAAUUAAACUCUGGAAAUGCCAAAAUAACACUAUAAAUAGUACAAUUUACUCUUAAAAUGGAUAGUUAAAAUGUUAAGAUAAAUAGCUCAUAGAUUAGAUCUUAGAAAAAGAAAAGUUCAACUUUGCCUAUGUGAAUACGUUCUUUGAUUUUACAGAUUUCUCCAAAUAUGAUGCAAUUAAAUACUUUAUUGAUGAUUCCUCUUUCGUUGAAAUAGAAGCCAAUAGAAUCAAAAAGUAAAAUUUGUUCUUGUAGCUUUAAGAGGCAACUAUGGAAGAUGACUAUAUUUAAUUCGGCUAAUAAAAGAAAAAGCAAUUUCACCAGAUUGUAAAUUAAAAAUCCUAUGAUGAUGGAUAUUCAGAUGAUUAAGGUUAUGUAAUUGCCUUAUAUAUAAGAUUAGAUAGUAGCUACAGCAUCUAUAGAAGAAAAGUAUAUUCAGUUUUAGAGCUACUAGGUGAUCUAGGAGGACUAUAUAGAUCUUUAUACAUGAUUGGAAUUUUAUUUGUUGGUUCCAUCGCACAUAAACUGUUUCUCUGUGAUGUUAUGAAUAAGAUAUAUCAGGUAAGAAAGCACAGAGAUGAAGAAUAAGAACCAGCCUAAAAUAAGUAGUUCAAAGGUAUUGCAUAAAAUUAAAAUACUAAGACUAAUUCUACAAGAGAUAAGCCUGGUUCAUAAAAUAAUUAUCCUUAAACCAAAAGUUCAAACGGUUUGCUUGGAGCUCUUCAAUAAAUUGAAAAUAAACCGAUAAUGCACUAGCCAUUAGAUAGGGUAAGAUAAUCCAAAUAAGUGAUGAAUCCGUUAGGAAUUUUAAAAAUAGCAGAAAACAUAGUAGAUGGAGAAGUAGACUCAGGCACUCGAAGUUAAUUGCACCAUGACCAGAUAAAUAUAGACGUUGGUUUUAGUAGUCAAAAGCCAUCGAUGAUUUCAAAGGCUAUAUUAGGUCGUAUUGGAAAUUGUUUCAAUAUUAAAAAGAAUGAAACGGAAUUUAGCAAAAAAUUUAAAGAUAUGCGGGAGAUUGAUAAAAAUGAUGUGCACAGUUUACUUCAAUCUUUCACUUCUAGAAGACGAUUCUCUUACAAUCCGUAUUAAAUUUUAAGGUUCGUUAUGAAAUGCCUUUGCUGGAGAAGUUUGAGACAAAAAAAGUUAAACAACGUCUACAAAGAGCACUAUUUGUUUAAGAAAGGUAAGGAAAAGCUUGAAAUGGAAUUAGAUGUUAUUUAACUUGUAAAGACACUUAGAAAGUUUAGAUUACUAUCAUAAGCGAUACUUAAUUAACCUCAUAGAAUGUUACUGAGAUUUUAGAGGUAAAACUUGAUAGAAACUACAUCAGAAUCUUCUGACUCAGAUGAUAACCACCUAGAUACCUUUAAACUAAUGGAAAGUGAGAAUCCUUUAAUUAGGCUUGUCACUUACGGGAAACUAAAAAAAAUGAUGGCCUCAUUUGAGGGUAAAAAAUUGAAAUAAACUGAAAGUAAUUUGAUAAGAGGUGUCUUUAAGCGUAAACUUAAAGACUUUCAAGAUGAGAUAAAAGAGUAAAAUGAGAAAAAAACUUUAUUUGAAAGGCUGAAAGGUGUUGACUCAUCAAAUCUUGAUAGUUCAAAAUCUAAAAUAAUCUAGCCUUUGGAUAAAGAUGACAUGAAAUAGAAUGAUAAUGUCAGCCUAAAAGAUAGUAAUUUCAUGAUUGAUGAUGAAUAAUCUACUUAGCAGUUUAAAAGAAGAUAUGGACGCUUAGCAAAGAAUAACUUAUGA